UUGGCCUGGGGACGGAGGGCAGGAGGGAGCUGCAGUUGCCCCAGGCCCCUGCUGCCUUGGAACCGUAAAGCUGGAGUCGGGGUCUGGGUCCAGGCAGAAGGGGAGCCAUGAUCACAGGAGUCCUGUCCCUGCUCUGCCUUGGGCUCUGUCUCGGCUCCAAAGAAGAGACAAACAACGAGCAUCUUCCCAAACCCUCCCUGAGUGCCUCGCCCAGCACGGCGGCGGAGCCUGGCAGCAACGUGACUCUGAAGUGCCAGUCCCACUUCCAGAACGUGACGUUCAUGCUGGGGAAGUGGCAGGACUCUGGGUACAGGCAGGAGCAGAGCUCGGCGGGACCCCAGGCUGAAUUCCUCCUCACUGGCCUGGCGCCCCCGGAUUCCGGCUCCUACUUUUGUGCCUACAAGAGAAGGGGUUCCCAGGUGUGGUCGGAGAAGAGCGGCCCCCUGCAGCUGGUGGUCGCAGAUUACCACGAUGGCCACAGAGCUCUUUCCAGAAAAAAAGCCACCAGAAUCGUCUUCGUCACCACCGUGAGCUGCAUAUCCAUCCUCCUUCUCUUCCUCUCGGUCUUCUUCAUCUACAGACGCUCUCAGCACGGCCCGUCGCAUGAAGAGAACCAGCCAUUCCAGAUUUCCCAAGAAGGCUACGGACUGAAGGACUCCCAGGAAGUGACCCAUGAGGAGCUAAACGCCAUGGCACCCUCCGAGGCAGCUCCUGUCCCUGCCAAGGAGGCCCCGGAUCUUGGGGACAUGCAGUCCUGAAGGUGCAGUGGGAGAACAUGGAGCUCCUGGAGGAAAGGCCUCCUCCGUGGAGAGGAUGGAUCGGUCACCUGGAAAUCCACUCUCUCUGUGCCCUUGGCUGAUAAUCCAUAUCAGUCAGGUUACGGGUCUGCCUUUCUGCUUCCACACCUCUCAGGAAUUACUGGAUGGGUUUUCCCAAGACUUGAAGUGUGACGUGAGUACAGUUUGACUUAAAAUAUGGGCUAAAAAUACGUACUCUAUAGAUACAGGCUGCUGAUAUUCAUGAGACCCACUUAGGGAGCUCGGAAGGCACCACAUAAGUAGGAAACGGUUACCCCGGCAGAGCCCGUGGGGUGGCACGCAUCUCCUCGGCACGGGGCAUUGCCAAAAGGAGUGCAACACAAAGGCCCUCAACUGUGAGCCCCCCGAGCGGCCCUGAGCAGCCUGCCCCGGGGGAGCUCCAGUGCUGGGUGGCCAUCUGGUCUUAAGGCAAAACCACUUCCCCUCUGCUGUGAAUGUCAUUGUGUUCUUACUGUAUCGUAUUUCUGUUUGCAUUUUUUCUUUUUAUCUUCAUUAAAAUCAAAGGAUGCAAUGAAGUUAAACAUACAGGAUAUAUGUGGAUUUUGUCACUUGGUGCCGGUAACUGAAUUAAUUUACGUCAAUACAUCCCUGUAAGGAUGUUUCUGAGUGUGGGCUUUUCUGUGUGACAGUGGCACCCAAUGACCACUUACUCAUAAACACAAACAUACAAGCUUUGCUUCCUGAGUUCUGUUACUUGAUCAGGUUUGAAAGUCAUUUUUUAAUAAAUGCAUGAAUAAAAGGGUAAAAAUUUGGCAGGUAUAUAUAAAUAUUCUUCAUGCAUAAACAUAGCUGGAUAACUUCUCCUUUUAAGUCUUUAAUUAUAAAAUAAUUUGAUUGUAAAGAAAAACACCAAGUAAUAUACAUGAAAUAUGCAUACUGACCUUAUUUUCUAGACAUUAAUGUUUUGCUGUUUUUAUUUCUACCACUCUCAAUCUAUUUUCCUUUCUAUCUUCCCCAGAGGUAAACAUUAUUCAAGAUACAGUAUAUUAUUCUGUAAAGGUAAACAUUAUCCAAGAUACAGUAUAUGGAUUUUUUUCAUACUUUUACUACACAGGCAUCUGUGGGUACUCAAUAUGUGGCAAUAUUUAUGUGCUAUUAAUAUAUAUGGAAUCAUAUUGUUUACCAUAAUUCUGUGAUCUUUUUAUUGCCCUCAAUGUUAUGUUCUUGAAUUCAUCCAGGUGAUUUUUGCAGGUCUAGCUCAUUGUUUACUGUAUAGAUUUUAUCUGUUAACCAUAGCAUGGAAUAUUACUCAGCCAUGAAAAGGAAUGAAGUGCUUAUGUGCCAUGACAUGGAUGAACUGUGAAAACAUCGUGCUAAGUGAAGGAAGCCAGAUGCAAAAAGCUGUAUAUUGUCAGGUUCCAUUUAUAUGAAAUGCCCAGAACAGACAAAUCCUUGGUGAUAGAACCAAUUAAAGGUUGUCAGGGGGUAAGGGAGGGGAGAAUGGGGAGUGGCUGCAAGUAGGUAGGGGGUCUCUUUUUCGUGGUGGAAUUAGAUAGGUGAGGGUAGACACCCUUGUGAAUAUACCAAAACCCAUUGAACAUGCACUUUGGAAGCAUAGAUUUUAUUGUCUGUGAAUUACAAAACAAAUAUUUGUAAAAGAGCUUGGCUGUUUGCACAAACCAUGGUUUCUCUUUCCAGUUUCCUGGCCUGCUAAAUGUUUGGGUUAUUCCCAUUGCUGGGCUUUCAGCAAAAUGCUGUAAUAACCAUCCCGUACCUGUCUCCCCAUUCAUGUAGACAAUCUCUCUAGGCUGCACAUUUAGAAGGAAAACCUGUCUUCUACAACGUUCACCUCUUUAAUCUCACAGAGAUAAGCCGAUUGACAAGUAAGGUAGCUUUGCCUGUGUAUCUGUCCACCAGGGAGGUGCAAGUUCCUAGCUCCCCAUGUCCUUGCCAAUGCAUAAAUACAUUCAAACCUCAUAAUUUUUGCUGAUUAAAAUAUGUGAGCUCAUAACCCACUUUAAGCUACCUACAUAAAGAUAACUCAUUGUUGCUUUAAUUUGCAUUUUCCUGAUUAUGAGUGAGGUUCGUUGACCAUUUGGAGUUUCUUGAUCGAAUUGUGGCUUCUCUCUGCGUUCACUUUUCUGUGGAAUUGCCAGUCUUUUCCUUAUCAGCUUGAAGGGUGUGUUUAUAUAGUAGACACACCUUUCCUCUGUAAGCCAUAUGUUGCGAAUUCCUCCUGGGAGUCUGUGACUCAUGUUUGCAUUUCUUCUGUACCAUAAUAAAUAUGUUUAGCAU